AUGAUGGGUAGAAAAAACUCAAAACAGGUUCGUUAUUCCAAUAGGUUGAUACUCAUAAAUAGGUUAAGCCAAUUAUCUGAUCCUUUGAUAUGUCAGAUACUUUCUCAUCUUCCCAUAAAGGAGGUUGUCACGACAAGCGUUUUAUCCACUAGAUGGAAGAAUAUCUGGCUUAGUGUUCCUAGUUUGGAAUUGAUAUAUUCGAUAUUCCCAAAUUUCAAUACCUUUAGGAGUUUUGGUGAUAGGUUUUUCGAUUCCACUAGGGUUUCAUGUAUACACAAUCUUAAGUUAUAUUUUGAUGAACAUGAUGCAUGUUAUCUUACAUCAUGGAUCAAUGCCUUUGUUACACGUAACAUCCGACGUCUAUAUGUCCGUCGUGUUCGUGGGAAUUAUUUUCAUGAGCUGCCCUUAAGCCUUUAUGUUUGUGAGACAUUGGUGUCACUAAAACUCUUUCAUCUGACUUUGGUUGACCCCGAAUUUGUUUCUUUACCGUGUCUGAAAAUCAUGCAUCUAAACUAUGUUUGGUUUCCCAAUGAUGCCACUUUCGAGAGACUUGUCUCUUCUUGCCCUGUCUUAGAAGACUUAAAGAUUGAUGUAUUAUGGAAUGAUGGAAGAGUUUAUCGAGUGAAAUCUCGUUCACUUAAGAGACUCCGUUUACUACGAAGUUCUACUAUGGUGUUUGAUUCUGUUCCGGGUGUUGUUAUUGAUGCUCCUCUAAUAUGCUAUUUGAGAAUCAAUGAUCGUGUAUCAGAAACCUAUAUAUUAAAUGAUCUGGAGUCCAAUGCCAAGUUAGAUAUACAUCUAGACUUUGGUUCUGAAGAUUUUGGCGAACCAAGCGUUUCAUCGAGGAGAAGUCGCAUCCGUAGUUUUCUGCCCGCAAUAUCGAAGGUCAUGGGUUUGAAAAUAUCUGAGAACACUUUCAAGGUCAUUCAUCACUAUUCCAAUUUAGCACAACUACCUCAAUUUGAUAACACGUCCCGCUUGCACGUUACUCUCCGUGUAUCCGAAUUAAAAUGGUUGCCGAAUUUUCUUGAGUGUUGCCCGAAUCUGAAAUCCCUCAUUGUGGCUUUUAAUGGUGACUUUGAGAAGAUGGGUUCUGAGGAGAUGAAUCAAAUAAGUUUCCUUCUCCGGAUGAAGAGGAUUGUGGAUAUGACGAUAUUCAUGUACACUUCCAAGGUAUUGUUGCAUAGUGAUAACAUAAAUCAACUAAGUUUUUCAUCUGUUCCUAAGUGUCUACUAUCAUCGCUCCAGUUUGUUGAACUCAAUGCCCAAAUCUUGAGAUUUGAUGGCGAAAUACUGAAUCUGGCGAAAUACUUCUUAGAGAAUUCAUCUAUCCUCCAAAAACUCACUCUACAUCCGAACAAGUAUGGUUCAACUUAUGCGAAUAUGCUACACAAAUUCCGAAGACGCUCUAGAACUUGCCAAUUCAUCCUAACUGAUUUGGAAUAG